AUCUCCCCACCAUCUUACUUAGCGAUACAUAGAUUAGAAGUAACAAGAAAAUGUCUGCUUAUAAACUUGCCUUGGUUGUGAUCAGCUUGCUAGCAAACCAUAUAUCUCUCUCAGCCGCUGCAGCCUGCGACGAUCGUUCCAAACUCGAUAUCAAUGAAUGUCAAGCGGCUCGGGAUUCAAUUGCCUAUGUGCCGGGUCAAAAUGUCAUUAAAUCGGUUGAACGCUCCAUUCAAGCCAGCUCUGGAAAAUGCAUGAUUCAGGUUCUUGUUGUGCCAACUCCAUCACCAGUUAUUAGUAAGAAUGAAAUAGACACAACCAUCAAUGACAUUCUGGCAUGUGGAACACAUGCUGGAAAGAAUGAUCCUGUAAAGAACAUUCAAGUGAUGGUUAGCGGUAUUCCCGACAAUUAUACUGAUACAUAUGGCCCAAAUCAAAAGAUGAAUACAGCAGUCUGUGACACAGAUGCAAAUGGGGGCAAAAAUGAAAAGCAAGAUUGUUUGGAUGCCUUCAAAAAAAUCACCACCAACAAUCUUGGUCAAUUACUGGACACACAUGGGCAGCCAUCAAACCACACUUACACAACUGUAAAAACUUGUACAGUACAGAUUUUUUCAACUAAUGGCUUACCAGUGAAUGAAAAAUUGGAUAAACUCUCAAGCUCUCUCAAUGUAAUACUGGACACAUGCCAUAAGCAAUCUGGUUAUCUGGCACUUCAUGGGGGAACUGAGGGACUAAAUGGAAGAUUAUCUGUGAAAACAGGGGCAUUUUAAAAACCUAAAAAAUCAUACACACUCUAUUACUGUCCCUUUUCAUUACACUUUUCAGAUUCUCUCACUUUAUUUCCAACAUGCAGCAUGUCUCAAUUUUCCCUACUUUCAAAAAAGAAAACCAUAUGAAUCUUUUUUAGAUUUGUUUUUUGUCAUGGGAAAACAGUUUGAGGAUUGUAAAAAAAUGAAGUUAAUCUGCAAACUUCAUAUCUUUUUUCUCUCCUUUUGUAUUCAUUUGAUGUACCUCUCAUUUGUUCAACUUCUGCCACAUUAGGACAGUUCAAAUUCCAAUAAACACUGUACAUAUUCACACUUCCAAUAAAAAUUCUGCUUGCUGAUAUCUG